UCGAAUAUUAUAAAUGUUUUUCUGACAGAAUAUUUUUUAUAAGUGCGUCAGUUAAAAAAAAUAGUUUUACGAUUUGUGUUUAAGUCAAAGAUUUAUUGGAGCGCGCGCAACAUCAGCAAAUCAACUUACAGUGCCAAACAAUUGCAUUUUACCGAAUUUUGAUGAUUCCAAACAAUAUAGUUUUUGUUAAAAUAUUUAAAAAGCUAUUAGUAUAAAUACUGAACAUAGUUAAAAAUGUUACUUGAAUACUGCUUUCAACUUGUUACGCCUACAAAUGCUAAAUGAAGAGCUAUAAUAGCUUCACAAUUGCCGCACCAACAGUAGCCGCUGCUGCAGCAACUCAUUUGGAUCACCUAGAGCAUCAAUAUACUCAGCAUCAGAGUUCCUCAAAUAACGGCUACAGUAAUCAUCUGUUGGAUACUUGUGAUACGCUUAGUUCAACUUCGGCAUUGCACGCACGCAACACAAAUACUGCAGCAGGAUUGCCGCAAAUGCCACAUUUUGGUUUAGGCGCUGGCACAGGUAGUGGUGGCGCCUACGCUCAAACACCACCUAGUCCACCAGUACAUCACGUUGGUGGUGGUGGACUUAUGCCACCCAGUCCACCUCAACAUCAACAGCAGCAUCAACAACAACAUCAGCAACAGCAUCAACAUCAUUUAGCAAUGAUACCGCGUGGCAUAGGUGGUGGCAAUAGUGGCGGUGGCGGCACACUUAUCACAACUUCUUUGACAAGUACUAGUGCAGGAUCCUAUCGUCCUCAUAUUGAGGAUAAGAAACUAACACGUGAUGCCAUGGAACGUUAUAUGCGUGAACGCAACGAUAUGGUGAUUGUUAUACUCCAUGCGAAGGUUGCGCAAAAAUCAUAUGGCAAUGAAAAGCGCUUCUUCUGUCCGCCUCCAUGUAUUUAUUUAUUUGGUAGUGGUUGGCGUCGUCGCUAUGAGGAGAUGCUGCGCAAAGGUGAGGGUGAACAAGGUGCACAAUUGUGCGCUUUUAUUGGUAUCGGUAGCUCGGAUCAGGACAUGCAGCAACUCGAUUUAAAUGGUAAACAGUAUUGUGCGGCCAAAACUCUCUUUAUAUCCGAUUCGGACAAGCGCAAACAUUUCAUGCUUUCUGUAAAAAUGUUCUACGGCAACGGUCACGAUAUUGGAGUGUUCAACUCGAAACGUAUUAAAGUCAUCUCGAAACCUUCCAAGAAGAAGCAAUCACUUAAAAAUGCUGAUUUGUGCAUAGCUAGUGGUACGAAUGUAGCGCUCUUCAAUCGUUUGCGUUCCCAAACCGUUUCUACGCGUUAUCUACAUGUCGAGAAUGGACAUUUCCAUGCGUCAUCCACACAGUGGGGUGCUUUUACGAUACACUUGUUAGACGAUAAUGAAUCUGAGUCAGAAGAGUUUCAGGUACGUGAUGGUUACAUACACUAUGGCGCUACAGUAAAAUUGGUGUGCUCAGUGACUGGCAUGGCACUGCCACGUCUUAUUAUACGUAAGGUAGAUAAACAGAUGGCACUACUUGAAGCUGAUGAUCCAGUAUCACAACUGCAUAAGUGCGCGUUUUAUAUGAAAGAUACCGAUCGCAUGUACCUGUGUUUGUCGCAGGAGAAAAUUAUACAAUUCCAAGCGACACCCUGCCCCAAAGAACCCAACAAAGAAAUGAUAAAUGAUGGCGCUUGUUGGACGAUCAUAUCAACUGAUAAAGCCGAAUAUCAAUUUUAUGAAGGAAUGGGACCUGUUUCUUCUCCUGUGACUCCUGUUCCAAUUGUUAAUUCGCUCAAUUUGAAUGGUGGUGGCGAUGUUGCAAUGCUAGAAUUAAGUGGAGAUAAUUUUACGCCGCAUCUGCAAGUCUGGUUUGGCGAUGUUGAAGCGGAAACAAUGUACCGUUGUACGGAAACAUUACUAUGUGUUGUACCAGAAAUUUCGCAAUUUCGGGGAGAAUGGUUGUGGGUUCGUCAGCCAACUCAAGUGCCUAUCUCACUUGUUCGUAAUGAUGGAAUUAUAUACGCAACUGGUCUGACAUUCACAUAUACCCCUGAACCGGGACCGCGUCCACAUUGCACACAAGCCGAGGAUGUUAUGCGGGCACGACACAAUAACAAUAACAUAACAACAAUAAGUAACAACAAUUCGGCCACUUCGCAUUCGCCCAGCGAUGCAAGUGGAGUAAACAUAAAUGCCAAUCAUCAAAUGCAUCAAUCUUUACCCUCCAUGUCCGAAGUGCAAUGGAAUACGCAUAGCAGUGGGCUGUCCUGAGUAUUGCGAAAUGAUUUUUGGUUGCAUUUCAGAUUUUUAUUAUUAACUUACAAUAAAAAAUAACGUCCAACGAUGAGAACACCAUACUUUUAAUUCGUUUGAGUAUUGAAGUGAAACAAUAUGCAUUGUUUUGUUGUAUAUUUAAUUCAUAUAAAUCUUAGGAUUGAACGUUAAUAAACAUUAUUUAUAAAAACUCUUGUCAUGUCUAAAUUUUAUUUAACUUAACGCAAUUUAAAUUUAAACCACAUUAAAAGCAUAUAUUAAUUUUAAGUUUAAUGUUUUACUCAUAUAUUUAGGCAAUAAUUGAAUAAGUAAAUAAAAUUCUCUUACCACAUUUUAAUAAUAAUUAACCAAUUCAUUCCUGAAGAUACUUU